UUCGGACCAAAAUACCCUUUUACGCACCCAAACGAAAAAGGCAACGUCUUUUGCCCUCACACGCAGCUCAAAGAGUCUCUGAUUUUUAGCGCCGUCGAGCUCCCUCGUGUCCAGGUUGAAGCUCAUUUCUUUCGUUUCUUCAAAACCCAAAAAUGUCUUCUUCUUUUCUGUUACAGACUUCAAUCUCUUCGUCUUCAUCUGCUUUCUUCGCCAACACCAAAAUCAACUUCAACAGCAGAGCUCAGAAUGUCUCUCUUCCAGCAAAACCCGUGGGCGUCUGUACAUGCGUCGCCACUCCACAAGCAGAGAAGACAGCGUUCAAGACCCAGGUGUCUCGCAAUGUCAAUAUAGCCAAACUUCAAGCUGGGUAUCUCUUUCCAGAGAUUGCUAGAAGAAAGGCUGCACACUUGCAAAAGUACCCUGAUGCACAAGUGAUUAGCCUUGGGAUUGGUGACACUACUGAGCCCAUUCCAGAAGUUAUAACCUCUGCAAUGGCAAAGAGAUCACAUGCCUUGUCUACCCUAGAGGGUUACAGUGGUUACGGAGCUGAACAAGGUGAAAAGCCACUGAGAGCUGCAAUUGCUUCGACCUUUUAUGACAACCUUGACAUAGAGGAAGAUGAUAUCUUUGUUUCUGAUGGUGCAAAAUGUGACAUAUCCCGCCUUCAGGUUGUUUUUGGGUCUAAUGUUACAAUGGCAGUGCAAGAUCCUUCUUAUCCGGCUUAUGUAGAUUCGAGUGUUAUUAUGGGCCAAACUGGAGAGUAUCAGAAAGCUGUUGAAAAGUACGGAAAUAUUGAGUACAUGAGGUGUACUCCUGAGAAUGGAUUUUUCCCUGAUUUACGCACUGUUGCUCGAACAGAUAUCAUAUUUUUCUGCUCACCAAACAACCCUACUGGUUCUGCUGCAACAAGGGAGCAGCUGACACAACUGGUGCAGUUUGCAAAAGAUAAUGGGUCAAUCAUAGUCUAUGAUUCUGCAUAUGCCAUGUAUAUGUCCGAUGACAAUCCACGCUCAAUCUUUGAAAUCCCUGGAGCCAAAGAGGUUGCAAUUGAGACAUCAUCAUUCAGUAAGUAUGCUGGAUUCACCGGAGUUCGUUUGGGGUGGACUGUUGUCCCAAAGCAGUUGCUCUUUUCAGAUGGAUUUCCUGUCGCCAAGGACUUCAACCGCAUCGUUUGUACUUGCUUUAAUGGUGCAUCAAAUAUUUCCCAAGCUGGUGGUCUUGCUUGCCUUUCAUCAGAAGGUCUUAAGGCAAUGCAUGAGGUGAUUGGCUUCUACAAAGAAAAUACUAAUAUAAUAGUGGAGACAUUUGAGUCUCUAGGCUUUAAGGUUUAUGGAGGGAAGAAUGCACCAUAUGUGUGGGUCCACUUCCCUGGCCAAAGCUCAUGGGAUGUAUUCAGUGAGAUUCUUGAGAAGACUCAUGUGGUUACCACACCUGGUAGUGGUUUUGGACCUGGUGGUGAAGGUUUCGUCAGGGUUAGCGCCUUUGGUCACAGGACUAAUGUAUUAGAAGCCUGUAAAAGAUUCAAGCAAUUGUACAAGUGAACGAGAGUAUCGGACUUGUAGAUUAGUAUCUGCAGCCUCGUAUCUGAACCAAAGAUGAUCAACGUUUGCCUCCAUGUUCUAUGUUUGUCAGUUGUGCGCUAGUUUCAGCAAGUUCCUUGUCAUAUUGGUUUGUGGAUUCUAUUUUUAGAAAUGCAAAUCAUUUUGGCUGUCGCAGAAAAUGAUUGAAUAUUUAGAUGUUACAAUUGGCUGCUGUAAAGUUUCUAUUAAGAUUAGAAGCUUGAUUUCUACUUGUUAUUGUUGCCUAAAAGUUAUCUAAAUAAAGUUGCAGUAAUUCGUAGCCUGCAAAUCCGUCGAGAUCAUGCAGUCCAA